CAAGUAGCAAUACAAAUACGGACCGCUUGUUCAUCUUCUUCCUCCUAUUUUCUCAGCACCUUCUCUCUCUGACUGAUACGUCGUCGAUGAAGUCAAUUUCCAAUCCCCUUUCAACCUCCUAACAAUAAUAAUAAAAAUCCCCAAUUUCCUCUAUACAUCCACACCUCAACACACACACACACACACACAAACACUCAAUUAGGGUUUCCCCGAUCAUGAAACCGUUCCAUCCACCAUCAACCACCACCGCCACUAACCGUACCACCACCAACAACCGCCAACGCCGUCGUCCUGAACUAACCCUACCACUACCUCACCGCGAACCUCAUCUCGCCGUUCCUCUACCUCUCCCACCGUCCUCCGCCCCCCUUUCCACCUCAACUAACGCCAAACUCAUCUCAAACCCUAAACAACAACAAUUCAACCUAUCGGAACUCGAUCGGAUUAACCGAAUCGGCAGAGGCAGCGGCGGUACCGUCUACAAAGUCCUCCACAUCCCUACCGGCCGGUUAUUCGCCUUAAAAGUCAUCUACGGCAACCACGAAGACGCCGUACGCCGUCAGAUCUGCCGCGAAAUCGAGAUCCUCCGUGACGUUGAUAACCUCAACGUCGUUAAAUGUCACGAUAUGUUCGAUCACGCCGGUGAGAUCCAGGUGCUGCUGGAAUACAUGGAUGAAGGUUCUCUAGAAGGUACACACAUCACGGACGAAACUUCGUUGUCAGAUCUAACUCGACAGAUACUCUCCGGUAUCUAUUACCUUCAUCGCCGGAAAAUCGUUCACCGUGAUAUUAAACCGUCAAAUCUGUUAAUUAAUUCAAAAAAACAAGUGAAAAUCGCCGAUUUCGGUGUUUCGAGAAUAUUAGCGCAAACGAUGGAUCCGUGUAACAGUUCUGUAGGUACGAUUGCGUACAUGAGUCCUGAAAGGAUAAAUACAGAUCUGAAUCACGGAAUAUACGACGGUUUCGCCGGAGAUAUUUGGAGUUUUGGUGUGAGCAUUUUGGAGUUUUAUUUAGGGCGGUUUCCGUUUGCUGUUGGUAGGCAAGGUGAUUGGGCGAGUCUUAUGUGUGCGAUUUGUAUGGCGAAACCGCCGGAAGCUCCGGCGACGGCGUCGCCGGAGUUUCGAGAUUUUGUUUCGCGUUGUUUGCAACGAGAUCCGGCACGGCGGUGGACGGCGGCGAAACUGUUACAGCAUCCGUUUGUGAGUAAUAAUAAUAAUAAUCAGGUGCAUCCUACUCAUCAGUUACUUCCUCCUCCUCCACGUUUUAAUUCAUCUUCAUGAUCCUUUUUUUUCUACUUGUUAUUGUACUUUUGAAUCUUAGAAAGAAGAAAUAGAGAAACAAAUAUCUUUGUUGCUAAUGAAUUCGAAUCAUAACCUGUUUAGGGUUUUGUUUAAAUGGAAAUCUGUGUUUUGGUGCAA